ACAACAAAAGUUUGCUUUUCGUGCAACGCAUUUUAUUGUAAUCAAAACAGAAUCAAAACAUAUUGCAUGCCCAAAAGGAGAUAGUUGAAUUUUACGCGCAGUGUCAACUUCGAGCACUGCAAGAAGAGCGGAAAGCAAUGACGGGACGUAAUCCGGAAACAUUGAUGGCGGAGAGCGAGGAGAAUUUUGAUUUUCUGUUCAAAGUUGUCCUGAUUGGCGACUGUGGGACAGGUAAGACGUGCAUUGUGGAACGCUUCAAAACUGGAAACUACGUGGACCGACAUGGCAAUACAAUUGGCGUAGAUUUCUCGAUGAAAACUAUUGCUGUCGAUGGCAAACAAGUGAAGCUACAAAUCUGGGAUACUGCCGGUCAGGAACGUUUCCGCACCAUCACUCAAAGCUACUACAGAUCAGCCAAUGGCGUAAUCAUCGUUUAUGACAUCACAAAACGUGCUUCCUUCUCGAAUCUACAGAGAUGGAUUGAGGAAGUGCGUCGGUAUACAGCUUCCAAUGUGCCAAUCAUAUUGAUUGGCAACAAAUGUGAUCUCGAAACUGAACGCGAGGUGGACUUCGAAGAGGUGCGCCAUGUGAGUCAGUUUAUACCUGAGGUGUUGUUCGUAAUGGAAACAUCUGCCAAGGAGAAUACCAAUGUUGAAGAUGCCUUCUUUUGUCUGGCCAUGGAGUUAAAGCGCCUCCACGAUUCCAGUGAUGUCACAGCUGACGACGAUGACGAGGCUAUACAGUUGGGCAAGAGCAAACCGCUCAAUAGUUGCAGCAGCUCCUGUAACUUGACCUAGACUUGUUUUUGUUUUUAACAGAUAUUCUUGUUUUAAUUUUGUGAUCAAAUUUUCGUGCGGCUAUAUGUAGAAUAUUUGGAACAGUUUUGUUUUGAAA